GCACCAUGAUAUCUACAGAGUCUUCAGAUGCCGUGAAAAGGCAAAGGAAGGAUUCUGGAAGUGGAGGCGAUCCCGAUGAGAAGAAACAUCUGGGGCAAUGGGGCAGGGCCUGGGAGGUUGACUGGUUUUCCUUGGCAUCUGUGGUCUUCCUGCUCCUGUGCGCCCCGUUAAUUGUAUUCUACUUUGUGAUGUCUUGCGACCAGUUCCAGUGUGCCCUGUCCGGUCCUCUCCUUAGUGUGUACUCCGGCAAAACCAGCAUCAGCGACAUCUGGGAUCGAGCGCCAUCCUUCAGUUGGACGGCUGCUAAAAUCUAUACCCUCUGGGUGUGCUUUCAAGUGUUUUUGUACAUUUGUGUGCCUGACGUUUGCCACAAGUUGAUCCCUGGCUAUAUUGGCGGUAUUCAAAAUGGCGCAUGCACUCCUGCAGGGCUGAUCAAUAAAUACGAGAUCAAUGGAUUACAGGCCUGGAUUAUUACACAUUGUCUCUGGUUUGCCAAUGCCAGCUAUCUGCAUUGGUUCUCUCCCACCAUCAUAUUUGAUCAUUGGAUUCCUCUCCUGUGGUGUGCCAACAUCCUGGGCUAUGCAGUGGCAAUUUUUGCAAUGUUGAAGGCGUAUUUCUUCCCCACCAAUGCAAAUGAUUGCAAAUUCACUGGCAAUUUUUUCUACGACUUCAUGAUGGGGAUUGAAUUUAAUCCACGCCUAGGAAAGUGGUUUGACUUCAAGCUUUUCUUCAACGGCCGUCCUGGUAUUGUGGCAUGGACUCUGAUCAACCUCUCCUAUGCUGCUAAACAGCAAGAGUUGUAUGGCCAAGUGACCAAUUCUAUGAUCUUAGUAAAUGUGUUGCAGGCAGUUUAUGUGCUGGAUUUCUUCUGGAAUGAAACUUGGUACCUAAAGACGAUUGAUAUCUGCCAUGAUCAUUUUGGCUGGUACUUGGGCUGGGGUGACUGUGUGUGGCUUCCAUACCUUUACACUCUGCAGGGUCUGUAUCUGGUCUACAACCCAGUCCAGCUAUCAACUGGCUCUGCAGUUGGUGUUCUUCUCUUGGGGUUGGUUGGCUACUACAUCUUCAGAAUGGCCAACCACCAGAAGGAUCUCUUCCGGCGCACAGGGGGAAACUGUGAGAUAUGGGGCAAGCAGCCGAAGUACAUUGAAUGUACCUACUUGUCCAUCGAUGGCACAACGCACCACAACAAACUGCUGAUCUCCGGAUUCUGGGGGUUGGCACGCCAUCUUAACUACACUGGUGAUCUUAUGGGCUCCCUUUCUUACUGCCUGGCCUGCGGAUUUGGACACCUCCUGCCUUAUUUCUACAUUAUUUACAUGUCUAUCUUGCUGGUCCAUCGCUGUAUCAGGGAUGAACACCGAUGCCUGAACAAAUAUGGCAGAGACUGGAGGCGUUAUACAGAUAAAGUGGCUUAUCGUCUUUUACCUGGAGUAUUUUAGGACUGUUUGCAUCAACUCCGUAGUUUUCAGAAAGACUUAUUUUUCUUUAAGCAAAGUCAGUUCACCAGUAGAAGCUCUGAUUUCCAAGUAAAACCAUGCCUUAAAAGUUCAAAAUAAGAAAGAAAAUACUGUGCAUUUUGAAGGUGGAAAAAAAAUGUUGAAGAUAUUUCACAAGAAUUAACUGCCAGCUAAGGUCAAUAAGCUUACAUUCACAUUGCAUUUCCUUUAAGUACAGUUACAUUUACAAAACUGUGGCAUGUAUCUUCAGUCAGAAGCAUGCUGUUUUGGUUUUAUGGUAUCUAGAUGUCAGAGAUUUUUACUGUUGUCGUUAGUUAAAUUAAUUUAAUUUCUUUAAGUUGAUCGAUGGAAGUCUCAAAUGCUCUCAAUCCUGCUGGGAAUUGGAAUUUGUGUGUUUGCUUACUGCUCGCUACGCCGCUGGUGUUCAGGGCAGCAAUGAAGGUCUUCCAUCUGUUGCAAUAUUCAGGACUUGCUUGGCAUCGCUUCCUCUGGAUUUUCACUACUGUCAGUCAUGUAAGUCCCUGGUGGAGACUCAGGAAUACCGUCACACUCAAAUAUAGAAGGAUUCUUUGUUGCUGUUUCUGUAACAAUUUUGUUUUACCAGUCAGGGUUGUUAACCCUGAGCUGAACCCCCAAAUCUGGAGGACCGGUGGACCACUGUCUGGCCUCUACCCUUUGACAUGGAUGACCCCACCAAGAGCCAAAGCCCUGACUCCAGCCAACAUGGCUCUCUGGGUCCUUAAGACACACAAGCCUCCAAGCCCAAAGACAAGGUUGUAGUGACAUUUAAUAGACAGUGAAUGACUAGACAUUAUGAGCUUAAAUAUGCAUUAUAAUUAGGCUUGGCAGAAUUUAUUUAAUAAUUUUGACAUAAACAUUACUUUGACACAUUUGUUUUGAAUGUAAUUGAUUUGAAUUUUCAUGAUUGCAUCAAAUGCAAGCUGUGAGAAAAGACAAUUUCAGCCGGUCCUUUUUUAUUUGUUGAAAUAUUAAGAGCCUCAAUAUAAAGUAAAUAUCCACAGAUUAAUCGUAUGAAUCUUACCUCCUUUAAAUCAUUGUUUGUGUUAAAGUUACAUUUGCAAACGAAAUGGAGAGCACAAGCACCUUCCUCAGGUUGUCUGCUUAAUUUUAAAAGAUUUGUCUGAUCAUUAGUUUGCAUUACUAAUUUCUUACUAUUAAUGAAAGUUAAUGAUUUUCUCAGUGUGAGAUGAAGUCGAUAAUUAGCAUUAACAGAUUAAGAAAAAAAUCACAUUCUGCCAGGACUGAUUAUAAUUUAAUUUAUAAAUGGGUAUUUUGGGUAUCUUUCCCCAGGCAGGACAUUGAAAUUUUCUUUUUUUUUCCGAACUGUUAAACUGUUUAAAUGAGUUAAUAGUUAUGUUUGAGAGGAAAAUGAGAAACCUUCAUUUUCCUAGUGAUAAGAAAACCAACAGAUGCUAGAAAGCUAAAACAAACAGAAAACAUGGAAUUACUCAACAAGUCAGCUGCAUUUGUGGGACAAGAAAGAGUCAAUGUUUCCUAUUGGUGACCUAUCAUCGGAAUAGAACAGAAACACAAGAAGCUUGUGAAGAAGCGGUGGAGCGGGAAGUCUUUGAUAGGGUAAAACCUGAGUGACUAUGGGGAUAAAAUAUAAGAGAAUAGGAGCAUUUAGAGAGUGAGAACAUACAGAAGAGCCUAGAGCAGGGGACCCUGACCUUUUUCAUGCCAUGGGCCAAUACCAUUAGGCAAGGGUCUGUGAACCCCAGAUUGGGAACCCCUGGCCUAGACAACAGAAUAUGGGAAAUGUAGAGCUGGGGGACGUGCCUGGCAGAUCAGGCAUAGCAUGUGCUCCACUUUUACUCUGUGAGGUGGGAGAGUAAGAAACAAGGGAUGGGGUACAAAUUAGGCCUAUCAGAGACAUCCACCACAAGCUCCCCCCCCCCUUUCAGUUUUACAAACUUCUGUCUACAUUCAAGUUCUGACAAAGGGUCACUGAUCUGAAACAUGAACUGUUCCUGUUCGAUCUGACUUGCUGAGUAUUUCCAGCAUUUCCUGUUCUCAUUUUGCAUUUGUAAAUAUCAUACCUUUCACAGCCACGGGAAAUCUUGUUUACAGUUAAUUCACCACUUGUUCAAUGCACGUUCUCAGAAAAAUAUGGCAGCCUGUUUUCAAUGUAGCAGUAAUUUGAAAAUCAACAGAUAAUCUGUUUUUAGUAAAAUUGUUUGAGGAAUGAAGGGCAGCAAGGAUAACUUUUCUCCCUCUGAAGGAUACUAAGCAACAAGGCAACAGUAGGGAGGAAGGUUUGCAAUUAUCUGAUGUGACACAUUCAUUGAGACAGCUGUUUGAAAGUAGAUUCUCAUUCAGUCUCGCUUUAUCAGUUUUUAAAUUUAGAUAUUGUAGACCAAACCAGGAGGAAUGAUCUUCACAUGUAUUUAUACUUGAGACCAUGUGUAAUAGAUUGGGUCCCUCGCUGUUCAUGAUGCCUGACUAGAAGUGCACUUGCAUAUUGGAGUUGCAGACAUACUCAGCCACAAAAGGUGAAGUUACAUUGGAGCAACACUGAAGCUGUGUGAAUGCGUCUCAGUAAUAGUUAUAGUUGAAUAAUUUUUGACUUGAUAUAUUGGUAGUGAAAUUUUACAGCUGUUAUCUAUGUCAGUUGUACCAAUUGUAUUCCAUUUUAGAGAUUUCCUUAAGAAAUCAGCUUUUGGACAAUAAUGACACCAAAAAUGCUAAGAUGUCCCAAGUUUCUUUCUAAAUCUUCUGAAAAUUCCAUCUUUUCUUCUGUCCUGCAAACAGUGUGCAUUAAAUCUGUAUUUUUGAAAAUAUAUAUGUUUCUUCAUGGUAUGUAGACAUCACUGGCAACAACAGCAUUUACGAUCCAUCUCAAAUUGCCCCGGUAUUGAGGGGGAAGUACAGAGCCAAAUACACUGGUGGGUCUGGAGUUACACAGAGACACAACCAAGUAAAGAGAGACCUUUCAUCAGGACUUGGCCCAUACGUGUUGCUCUGAAUUUCUAGCAUCUGCAGAGAGUAGAUGUCCCUCCUUUAAGGCUGUUGGAGAACCAGGCGCGUAACAAUUUACAAUGGGAAAUCCGAUUUAGUAAAAUUUUGAGAAAUAAAGUGGAAA